CCACCAUAGAACAACCCAAGUGCGAUCCGCCGACGGCUCCUUCUUGUUUUCCGACUGGGAGCAACAAUGGCAGGAGCACUCUUGGGAAAGCGCUCUCGAAGUGCGUUUACCGACGAGAAAUGCGCUUCACAACCAUCAAUUUCAGACGAAGACCCGGCGGAGAACCGCAUCACAACUCGCUCCACCCGAUCCAAACGAAAGGCGGACUUUGUCAUUGUUGCGGACGAAAAUGAGAAUCCAUUUGUGUCUCGCAGCAAGCUCCGAAAGGUCACCCAUCAUGGCGGUGAUGGGGAGACCGAUGAGUUUGCGCUCGAGAACUCAACCAUGUCCAAGAAAACAGCGCGCGCCAAGACAACCCCAGCGAAGCAUGGCAAACCUGGACGGCGGAUACCUUUGUCUCCGCAGAAGAAUAAAGCAUGUGGCGAUGAAUCUGUUGACAUUUCGAGCACGCCGCCAACUCCGUCGACGCCGCGGCAUCGAGACGUUCCUUCGAAAAAAAUACCCAUUACACCCCGACACCGUGUUGGCCUUGCAGGCAAGCCUUCAACACCACAGACGCUUCGGACGCCAUCAAACCCAAAUCUCUCCGGAUCUAGCAUCUACAAUCUCGCCCGUCAAGUUUUUGCACGAGGGACAGCUUCGGAUAGGCUGGUUGGUCGAGAGAAGGAGAGAGAAGAACUACGAGACUUCUUGCAAUCACGGCUCAAGAACUGCAAGUCGGGGUGCCUAUACGUGUCUGGCCCACCGGGCACUGGCAAGAGUGCACUGGUGAACGAGAUAUGCGAUGAGCUGACCCAUGAUAUCUCUUUCCAGCGGUCAUACGUCAAUUGUAUGAGCGUCAAGUCUUCCAAAGAUCUGUCUGCGAAGCUGCUCGAGGAUUUUGAUCAGAUUGAUGUAUUAGAGGGUUCAGAAGAAAAGGCCCUGAAAGCUGUGUUUGAACGCAAGAACACGGCGCAUCUGAUCAUCCUAGACGAAGUAGAUCAUUUGCUUGACGUCGACAUAGAACUGCUCUACCAAGUUUUUACUUGGUCCAUGCAAGCGUCGUCUAAUUUGGUUGUGGUCGGCAUCGCAAAUGCACUGGAUUUCACCGAUCGCUUUUUACCACGACUGAAGUCGAGAGGCCUAAAACCACAGCUUUUGCCUUUCAUGCCGUACAGUGUGGCACAAAUCAGCUCAAUUCUUACCUCAAAGCUACAGACUUUACUUCCCGAAGGAACCACCGCAGCAGCUGACUUCAUCCCGUUCCUUCAUCCGACAGCAAUAAUGUUCGUUUCGAAAAAAGUGGCUGCGCAGACAGGAGAUCUGCGCAAGGCAUUUGCCAUCUCUGCUCGCGCCAUCGAUCUUGUUGAGGCCGAGACGCGAACAAAGCUAGGCCCAUCCACAGCGGAGAUCACACCUUCGCCCUCUCCGAGCCCUUCAAAGACACCCCUCAUGGAGAACAUGAAUUUGUCCUCUCCAAUAUCUACACAGUCACCGCAGAAGCUUCAGCGAGGGAAAAAUCCCCUUGCACAGCUCACCGUUGAAACGGCACCAAGGGCAACAAUCGCUCAUGUGGCGAGAGUAACUGCCGCCGUUUUCAGCAAUGGUUCAAAUCAGCGACUCACGGCCCUGAACCUUCAACAAAAGGCCAUAAUGUGCUCUCUCUUUGUUCUUGAGAAGCGCCUACGCGAUCGCCACGAGCUGGAAGCACCUGUUACACCUUCUAAAACAAAUGCAGCGCCUACGAUUAAAGCACUGCACGCAUCUUACACAACACUUUGCAAAACCAACAACUUACUGCACGCACUUACAAGCACUGAAUUCAGGGAUGUGCUCACAAGCUUGGAGACACUGUCGCUGAUCUCGUGGGUCGACGGUAGGAACGGCACGUUCACUGCUGUUGCACCUGGCACACCAAGUAGGAGAGGCCGACAAGGCGGGUUUGGAACGAAAGUUGUUGAAGAGAAGAGGGUUGCUAGCUCGGUGGCAUUGAAAGAAUUGAAAGAGAGCUUGAAGGGGCCAGCCAGUGAUAUUUUACUUGGCUUGCUAAGUAGUGAGGGUUUGUAAUAUGAGCUGAAUGACCCUUCUAACCCACCCGUAUAAUAGAAUUGCUUAGCACUGCAUAGCGAGGACAAAUUAGACAUGAUGCCUUACCUUA